AUGAACGUGGAGAACUGUAAUCUUCCUUUGGUGGUAGACAUGUCUGGCCCAGACUUGAUCAUCAAUGUAGGAAAAGUGACGUUGGGUGAAGAAACCCGAGAGAAGCUACAGAAACUUGAGAGAGAGGAAGAGAAGGCGAGAGUUGUACAGGCUGCGUGUGCAUUACUCAACUCCGGGGGAGGAGUGAUUCAGACGGAGAUGACUAGCAGGGAUGAGCACCCUGUGGAGAUGGGACAGGAUUUGGAGAAAGCUUUGAGUGCACUCAUUCAUCCUUCCAACUUGCAGGCCUUCUUUGAGGAUAAGCAACAAGAGGGCUCUGCCUUCCUUUUUGUGAAAUCCUGGAGCAGUGACCUUUGCCCUGAAGAUCACACCUUCAGGCCCCGUAUCUGUAGCCUGAGCUCAUCACUAUACUGUAGAUCUGGUACCACGUUGAGCCUCAUGAGUCCAAGAACAGCUUUCGAUUUCCUGAAAAGCAAGAAGAGAAAUGCAAACAAGAGCUCAGGGGAAGAACCUUCUAGCAAAGUCCCCAGGGUUAUAUGUCCAGGCCUCCAGAAGUCAGCGCCUGCUUCCUGGGUUUUCCAAAGACACACGCUGGAAUAUGGUGAAGCCCUGUCUUUUCCUGAGUCUGAUGGGGUAGAGUUUAAGCAGUUCUCUACACGCAAUAUUACAAAAUACAUAGAGGGCACAAUCCCAAAGUACAUCUCUGCAUUUGCAAAUACCAAGGGAGGCUAUCUUUUUAUCGGCGUGCACGAUACAACUAAACAGGUGAUAGGGUGUGCCAAAGAAAUCAUCGAACCCGUCUCUUUGAAAACGGCGACAGAAAGAGUCAUAGAAAAACUACCUCUGGCCUGCUUUUGCCCGUCCAAAGGCAAGCUAGAUUGCACAGUCAAAAACUUGGAUGUGUUUAAAGUGGGUGAGCUGUAUGGCUAUGCGUGCGCCAUCCGGGUGGAACCAUUCUGUUGUGCGGUGUUCUCCAGUGCUCCCGUUUCCUGGAUGGUGAAGGACAAGGAGAUCCGCAAGCUGAGUACCGAAGAGUGGGUUGCCAGGGUGACGGAUACAGACCCAGAUCUUCAAUGGUUGUGCGAAGACUUUGAACCGCAGCUGAGUCUCGCUAAGGGGACUCCGCUGAGCAGACCAGUGUACGCCAAGAAAGGCCUGGAACAUAAGGAGCACCUGCAGCGACUCUUACUUGCAGUGCCAUCAGACCAUUUACACUAUACCCCAGAAUACCUCUGGCAGGAUCUGUGCUCACAAAACCAGGGACUGCAAGAGUUGAUAAAGGAAGAAAUGCAACGUUUCUCCCGGGGAAUUGUGAUCCUUUCGAGAAGCUGGGCUGUAGAUCUGAACUUGCCCAAGAAGCAGGGAGUCAUCUGUGAUGCUCUGCUGGUAGCUCAAGACAGCUGCCCUGUGCUCUACACCAUUCUCAGAGAGCAGGAGGCCACAGGGCACGACUACUCCAACCGGGCUGCCUUCACCUUAAAAAAUAAGCUGGUGAGCAUCGGUGGCUACACAUGGAGAGCGUGUGUCAUGACCAAGGUCCUCUACCUGAGUCCUGAGAGCACUGAAGAGCCCCUGGGAGGCCUGGGCUCUCGGCUAGAGUACCCCGAGUCCUACACUCUCGCGGACACCCAGCAAAUGGAAGACUUUCUACAAUCCCUCGUGAUCAUUUUGCUUGGCUUCUGAUCUGUUUUGAGUGACCAACUGGGCUGUGAGGUUCUAAAUCUGCUCACAGCCCAACAGUAUCAGAUCUUUUCAAAAAACAUCCACAGAAGCAGAGAACUGUUUAUGCACGGCUUGCCAGGAUCAGGGAAGACCGUCAUGGCCAUGAAGGCCCUGGAGACCAUCAGAAAUAUAUUUAGCUGUCAAGCACGUAACAUUCUCUAUGUUUGUGAGAACCAGCCUCUGAGGAGCUAUUUGAGUACCCAAAUGAUCUGCCAAUCCGUGACCCGGAAAACCUUCAUGAAGAAAGACUUCUCAGAGAUUCAACAUAUCGUCAUUGAUGAAGCUCAGAAUUUUCUCACUAAGGAUGGACCGUGGUAUGAGAAGGCAAAAUCAAUCACCCAAAGAAAAAGGGAUUGCCCAGGAAUUCUCUGGAUCUUCCUGGACUACUUCCAAACCAGCCACAUGGAUGUCAGUGGCCUCCCACCUCUUGAAGCCCAGUUUCCCAGGGAAGAGCUCACCAAAGUGGUUCGAAAUGCGGGACAAAUAGCCAACUACCUACAGAAGAAAAUGGACAUAGUGAGACGAUAUCCUCCCCCUAAUGUUCCCCAUAAGUCCCUGAAGAUGAUGGGUGAAGCUGAAUGGGUUCAGGCUGUCGAGGGCACCUUAAAAACGGAGGAACAUUUGAGUGUGGAGGAGGUUGUGGCCAAAGUAGCAGGCAUCUGCAAGAGUCUCUCUGGAAAAGGCUGUUCUCCCAAGGAUAUUGCUGUGCUUGUCAGCACAACAAGAGAAGUGGAAGUUUACAAACAUGAGCUCCUGAGCGCCAUGAUGAAGCAAAGGGUAGUGAGCUUCCGAGAUGCGAGUAACCUGUCAGGUGAUUACAUCGUAUUACACAGUAUCUGGCGAUUCUCAGGGCUGGAAAGGAAUAUUGUGUUUGGAAUCCAUCCAAAGACACCUGAGCCAGACCUCUUCGACAGUAUUCUGCUCUGUCUGGCUUCUAGGGCAAAACAACAGCUGUAUCUAUAUAUGUAG